AGCGCGUAUAUAAUCCGGGUGUCCCGGGAUUGUAACAUGGAUACCCGAACGUUUGGUUUUUUCACUUUGUUGUUAAUAACGCUAGUGAAGGCGGAAGACCCUUAUCACUUUUUCGAAUGGAAGAUCACAUAUGGCACCAUGUCACCCUUGGGAAUCCCUCAACAGGUUAUCUUGAUCAACGACAAGUUCCCAGGGCCGGUGAUUAAUUGCACGAGUAACAAUAACAUUGUUGUCAAUGUUUUUAACAAUCUAGAUGAACCGUUCCUUAUGACGUGGAACGGUGUACAACACCGGAAAAAUUCUUGGGUGGAUGGGACACCUGGGACUAUGUGUCCCAUCCAACCAGGAACAAAUUUUACGUAUAAAUUCCAGGUGAAGGAUCAAAUUGGUAGUUAUUAUUAUUUUCCCACGACCGCUCUACAUAGAGCGGCGGGUGCGAUGGGGGUUAUCCAAAUACAUAGUCGACCGCUAAUCCCGGUCCCUUUUGAUAACCCAGCCGAUGAGUUUGCGGUUAUAGUUGGUGACUGGUUUAAUAAGGGUCACAAGUCAAUGAAGAACCUCCUUGAUGGUGGGAAGUCGAUUGGCCGGCCUGACGGGCUUCACAUCAACGGGAAGUCCGCACAGGUUGGUGCACAGGGUGAACCGUCAUGGACGUUUGAGGCCGGAAAGACAUACAGGUUCAGGUUUUGUAAUGUCGGGAUGAGGACUUCGGUGAAUUUUAGGUUUCAAGGCCAUGACAUGAAGCUCGUCGAGCUCGAAGGGUCUCACGUCAUGCAAAACGACUACAUGUCUCUGGAUCUUCACGUGGGUCAAUGCUUGUCGGUACUUGUAACCGCCGAUCAACCACCCAAAGAUUAUUACCUAGUGGUGUCAAGUCGGUUCACAAAGCAACCGCAUACCACUGUCGCCACCGUCCGGUACAAAGGAAGUAACUCCCCGGCAUCGCCCGAGCUUCCACCUCCUCCGCCGGAUCACACUGCGGGAAUCGCAUGGUCAAUAAACCAGUUUAGAUCAUACAGAUGGAACUUGACCGCAAGUGCAGCCCGUCCCAACCCACAAGGGUCUUACCACUAUGGCCAGAUUAACAUCACCCGAACCAUCAAGCUAGUCAAUAGCCGAAAUUAUGUGGAUGGUAAGCUCCGGUUCGCUUUCAAUGGCGUCUCCCACGUCGACCCGAAAACUCCGUUAAAACUCUCGGAGUACUUCGGUGUGGCGGACAAGGAGUUCAAGUACGACAUCAUCGCGGACGAGCCACCCUCGGACGUGGAAAAGAACGUGAAGAUCGCCCCAAAUGUGGUAAACGCGACAUACCGUAACUUUGUGGAGAUCAUAUUCGAGAACCGGGAGAACACGAUUCAGACAUACCAUUUGGACGGAUACUCGUUUUUCGCGGUGGCAGUGGAGCCAGGGAGGUGGAGCCCGGAGAAGCGGAAGAACUACAACCUGGAAGACGCGUUGAGCCGACACAAUGUAGCUGUGUUCCCGGGGUGUUGGGCGGCUGUGAUGCUCACCCUGGAUAACGCAGGAAUGUGGAGCUUGAGAUCAGAGAUGUGGGAGAGGUUCUACUUGGGACAACAGUUGUAUGUUAGCGUAUUAUCUCCGGAGCGUUCUCUAAGAGAUGAGUACAGCCUGCCGGAAACCACACAACUUUGUGGCAUUGUGGCAAAUAUGCCCAAACCACCAGGCUACAUUUAGAUUCAAUUUUUUCUUUCUUUUUUUAAUUGUGUUUUCUUGUGGCCAUACGG